AUGGUCAAUGCAUUUCCACAUCAACUUCAAAAGAGAACGACUUCCUUUGGUGAAUGUGAAACUGAUGGUUCAACACCUCCACCCUUAGUAUCCGUAACAAUUAAUCCUGAUCCUGUCGUCCUCGGACAAACCGAGACUUUUACAGUUUCCGGAACUUUAGGCGUAGAUAUUACAAGUAAAACACAACUUAUUAUUUUUUAUGGUAAUCCUGAAAAUAAAAAAAUCGUAAGCGAUACCUACAAGGGGCCGGUUUGUACUGGAAAAGGAUGUCCAAUCAAAGCUAGUUCACCAUUUACCGUAACUGCGAAUUUCACGACGCCAUCAACCUUACCUGAUCCAUACGAAAUUGUAGUAGGUAUUGUAAUCCUACCUAGUACACUUCUAGCCUGCGCAUCUGCAGUAGUUGUACUUAGUACCUUUAAUGAGACAACCGCAGAAACUAUUGCUUAUGAUUCGGACAAGAAAGCACUUUGUAAGCUAAAUGUUCUUAUAUUUAAUCUGGGUGGUGCUUCUUUUAAUGUCACCCACUUAACUAAUGAAGAAGAAAUUUACGAAAUGUUGAGAGCCAUUAAAGAAAUCGGCAUCGUACCAAGAAAAGCUCCUUCAUCUUUAUCAAUACCAUGGAAGAAAUUUUUAGGUGAAAAUUUUCUUUUCACCUUUAUAUUCGAGCUGAAUAUAAAUAAGGCUUUCAAUUCUUUCCUAUGA